AUGCCUUUCUUCACUGUCGAGGACGCCAAGACAUCCUUCAACCUCUUCUGCUGCAUGUACGGCAUCGGGACUCUUGGAAUGCCGGGCAACUUCUCACGCGCCGGCCCAUUGAUCGCUUUAAUUGCCAUGGCCUUCAUGGCCUUCGCCAACAUGUACGCGUCCGUCAAGAUGUCCCGAGUCAUUCUACUCGCUCCCAAGUCCGUCAAGACCUUCGGAGACUUAGGCGAGUGGAGCAUGGGGCAGUUGGGUCGCUGGCUGUGCGUCAUCUCCCAGAUGGGUUCAUGCCUGCUGAUUCCAUGUGUCUUCCUGGUUCUUGGUGGCUCUCUCCUUGACGGUCUCUUCCCGAACGCCUUUAGCGCCACCGUGUGGAUCAUACUCAUGGCCCUCAUGGUGUUGCCUGUAUGCCUUAUCCCGACACUCAAGGAGGGGGCUGGGGCCGCUUUUGUUGGCUGCAUGGGUACCAUCAUCGCAGAUGCGAUCGGCGUGGGUGUCGUCAUGUACGGUAUGCGCGGACACCCUACCGUCCCAUCACCCGAUCUAAAGAUCUCGCAAGUACUGGGAUGUUUCGGUAAUUUGGCAUUGGCCUAUGGAGCUGGUAUUGUCAUCCCGGACCUCCAGCGUCAACACAGUGACCCCACACGCAUGCCCCGUGUCGUGCUGGUUACCGUGUGCUUCAUCUCAUGUCUCUUCUUAAUUCUUGCCACGACGGCAUACUCGGCUGUGGGCUGCCAGAUUUCGGGCAAUUUACUAUUUACCAUCUAUCCGGAUUCAACCACCGGAAUGACCACAUUGGGUUUCAAACCGAGCUGGGGCGCCGUCGUGCUGGCCUACCUGUUCAUGCAGCUGCAUAUCACGAUCGCGUUCUCUGUGUUGAUCAAUCCCGCUUUCUAUAUUGCCGAGCGGUUGGCUUUGGGGAUGCACAAGAAGGCAACUUCAGACAUGGAGACGGGCUUGAAUUACGCGGAAUCCGAAACGCCGGGAAUUGAAUCUCGCCUCAGCUCCAAGAUGUCUUAUGUGUCUGUGGCUGACAGCGAGCGUGAAUUUAAGGACGACCCGGAGGCCGAAGCAGCAGAGUACCGUGGUGGGAAGAACGCCGUUAAGUAUAUCGCGCUUCGGGUCGCCAUGAUUGCAGUUCUGGUCGUGCUUUCCAUCAUUUUUCAAGACCACUUUUCGGACUUUUCCGACUUUGUGGGAGCAUCGUGCAUCACUACGAACUGCAUCCUGCUCCCAAUCGUAUUCUAUCUUAAGAAGAUGUGGAGAGCCAUCCCUAUUUACGAAAAGGCGGCUGCUCUUAUUGUAACUGUAGUGUGCUUCGUUCUUGGGUGCUAUGUGACGUACACGACUGGCAAAAGUCUGUUUACGCCCACGGAUGAUGAUACGGAGUUCCCUUUCUGCGGCUCGGAGUACGAGAACCAGAUUUACUACAAUUACACGGCUGAGCACGAUUUUUAA